AGAACCAAGUUCUUAUGUGAGGAUGAUCCUUUUCGCCGUUGUCUUGAAACUAAAAUCUCCGCAUCUCGAGAGAUCUCCCCUGAGCCUCCGACAAGAACACGAGGGUUUGGACUACUUCCUUAUUUGAAACGACCAAAGCUCCACGCAAAUCUAGCUGUUCAACCUAAUGACUUUACAGUAGAAAGCCUUGUUAAUACUCCAGAAGGUUGCGGUAAGCUUCCAGAUCGACCAAUUGUUGCCGCAUCUGCACUUCACCCAUCAGAAGUAAGCCAUGAACUUGAUGUGGAAGAGAAGAGUGAGAAGACUCGUGUAGAUGAAGUGUUGGGGGAGAAGUCGAAGAUGGCAGAUGGCAACGAGAGCGCGGUGCAAGAUGUGAAGGGCAAAUGGUGA